GUUGUACUUUGGGACACGCCCACCCACUGUAAGGCUAAGCGUGGUCAGCAACAAGAGGAAGCCGGGUGGAGAGCUGCAGCAAACAGGUACACUCCUGGCCUAAAACAACUCAUACACUCCUUUACCUCAGGGUGUCCCUAAAACCACUCCGGCUUUCAGAGUCCAAAUUCUUCCUGUGCUCAUCAAGCACUCCACCUCCACCAAGUGCAAGGCCCAAGCAUCACCAUCUGAUCCCUCCUCAUCACAAUAAUGCUGAGCCCGGAGUUCUUGCAGAAGCUGAGACUGCCAGAUCUGGAUUCCGUCAGUCAGUACCUUCAGGGUCUGUCCACAUCGACUUUAAUCAGCAUGGGGGCGAUCACAGCUGCAACAACCUUCUAUAUGGCAACGCGACCAAAAGCCCUGCCACCCAUCUGCGAUCUCAAGAUGCAGUCGCUCGAAAUUGCGGGCGGAGAAUACAUACACCAAUCGACUCUGCUAGACGGUGAUGAUCUCUUGACACGUUUCUAUGACGAUGCGAAUACAAUGUAUGAAUUCUUCCUGAAGGGUGCUCAAGUAUCCAAUAAUGGACCAUUCCUGGGCUCCAGAAAACCCAAAGGUGCCUAUGAAUGGAUGUCUUACCAAAAGGUAAUGGAGCGAACAGAAAAUCUUGGGUCUGCUUUUCUUUAUAAAGGACACUCCAAGACCAAUGACCCCAACAUUGGCAUCUUCUCUCAGAACAGACCUGAGUGGACAAUCACCGAGCUGGCUUGCUACACCUAUUCCCUGGUGUCUGUGCCGCUUUAUGACACACUUGGUGCAGAAGCCAUCAACUACAUUAUAGACAAAGCCUCCAUCUCGAGCAUAGUAUGUGACGUGGCAGAUAAAGUCAGCCUGGUACUUGACUGCGUGAAGGACAGGAAACACUCCGUGAAAACCAUUGUUGUAAUGGAGCCUCCCGCCGACGAGCUGGUGAGCAGAGGCAAGCAAUCUGGAAUUGACAUCCUCAGCCUACGAGAGAUGGAGGCCAUCGGAAAGGCUAACCAUCAUCAACCUGUGCCUCCCAGAUCUGACGAUAUGGCCAUUAUUUGCUUCACUAGUGGAACAACAGGUAACCCAAAGGGAGCCAUGUUGUUGCAUCGGAAUAUUGUGGCCAACUGUUCAGCCUUCCUUAAAAUAACACAGGCCUCCUGUCCUUUGGGGCCCAGUGAUAUCCAUAUCUCAUAUCUUCCCUUGGCUCACAUGUUUGAGAGAGUUGUACAGGGAGUGAUGAUGGUUCAGGGGGCCAAGAUUGGAUAUUUCCAGGGAGAUAUUCGUCUUCUGAUGGAUGAUCUCUGUACACUAAAGCCUACAGUGUUCCCUGUGGUACCCCGACUUCUAAACCGAAUGUUUGAUAAGAUCUUUGGGCAGGCUAACACUUCUCUGAAGCGCUGGCUGCUGGAUUUUGCAUAUAGUCGGAAGGCGGCCGAGAUGUUGAAAGGCAUUGUGAGGAGAGACAGCAUCUGGGAUAAAUUGAUCUUCAGAAAGGUUCAGGCUAGCCUUGGGGGCCGCGUACGUCUGAUGAUAACAGGGGCUGCUCCCAUUUCGCCCACUGUCCUCACUUUCCUCCGAGCUGCGUUAGGCUGUCAGUUUUACGAAGGCUAUGGACAGACAGAAUGCACCGCUGGUUGCACCAUGACCAUGCCCGGUGACUGGACUGCAGGUCACGUUGGCGCUCCUCUGCCUUGUAAUUUUAUCAAGCUGGUAGAUGUGGCUGAAAUGAAUUACCUGGCCAAAAAUGGCGAAGGAGAGGUGUGUGUGAAAGGUCCCAACGUGUUCCAGGGUUAUCUUAACGAUCCAGAGAAGACUGCAGAGGCUCUCGACGCUGACGGAUGGGUUCACACAGGCGACAUCGGAAAAUGGCUUCCGAACGGCACACUGAAGAUUGUGGAUAGGAAGAAGCACAUCUUCAAACUUGCUCAGGGGGAAUACAUAGCUCCUGAGAAGAUAGAGAAUGUCUAUGUGAGAAGUGAUGCAGUGGCACAGGUUUUUGUGCAUGGGGACAGCCUACAGGCUUUUCUGGUAGCAGUGGUGGUUCCGGACCACGAAUUCCUGUGCGGUUGGACCAAGAGGACCAUGGGAGUGGAGGGCAGCUACAAUGCACUUUGUAGUCGAGCGGAUGUCAAGGCAGCCAUCUUGGAGGACAUGGUGCGACUCGGCAAGGAAGCAGGCCUCAAGUCUUUUGAACAGGUGAAGGCCAUCUAUCUCCAUACUGAGCUGUUCUCAGUCACCAAUGGUCUGCUCACGCCAACACUAAAAGCCAAGAGGAAUGAAUUGAGACAAUACUUCAGAUCACAAAUAGAUGAGCUAUAUGGCAGCAUCAAGAUGUAGGAGUUCAGGAAGACGUGUGAAUUGAAAGACAGCCGAGAACAAAGCUGGAACAUGCAGACCAAAUGUCAGAACAUGCCAAUUCACUCCAAAUGAAUGUUUUACCUCAGAUUUUCUACUGUGGGAUUUUAAUGACCGAAGUGCAUUUUCCCCACAACUUAAACCAUUCACCAGAAGUCCUUAAUGCAUGUCUGUGACACUCUCUUGUCACAAUAACCCUCAAGGCUGUAGAAUUAGCAUACUCUACAAUAUCUAGUUUUAGAACCCUGGAUAGUAACUGCGGUGCCAAUCUCAUAUGGUUUAUGUUACCAUGACUCUUAGGAGCAGAGCUUUUCGACCUCAAGUCUUAAAAAGUAAGUGAGCACAAGCUAUCUGCUGGAGAGGGGCGCGUUAUCACCAUGCCACUGGAUUUUCUGUGCUAAUUCGUGUAGUCGAUGCGUGUGCAUGUGGCACAUGCAGUGAAUACAUCGCCAAACUCAAAUAUAGCUCCAUUCAUUUUAGCUGAACAUUUGAGUACAUCUAAAUGCCACUUAUCAGAAGGUAACGCUAAUCUGUGGAGCCAGCAAAACUCAAUGCCUCUCUUCUCUUUUGCCUUUGACAUGUUGACUCAGUGUAGUCCAUCUGUUGUUUGAAAGAUGUAGCAGAUAAACUUGGUAGGGGCUCAAUUAUGUAAAUUUUCCACAGUGUUAAAUUGGUUGGCAAGAACUCCAAAUACCCAGUUAUUUGUAUGCAAGCAAUCCAAAAUACAUUUUUUCAUAAUGUGGUACAGAAAAUGGAUGAGUUUUCAUACGGGCACACGCACGCACACACGCAGAAUAAAAAACAUUACUUGCAUUACUAAAAGAAGUUUAAAGAAUAAGCAUAUUCCAAUUGUAGUAAAUUGUUUUUGUGAACAAUGACUAAGCUUCAUUUAGAAUACAACUAACAUAAA